CAUACAUGUGUAUGGAUGGAGAAUAAGUAACAGGGUUUAUAUUUGACUGGAGAUGUCAGGAAUCAUCCGAUUGCAUGUGUAAUUUCUGUGACAAGAACAAUUGUUUUGCAUAGAUUGAUUGAUUGCACAAUAAUCUGAAGAAAAUGCACAAAAAGAUUCAUGUGAUUUGCUAAAGAACAGCUGUGACUUUGAUGAGGUGGGUAAAUAGAGGUCCAGGUUUACAUAAAGUGCCUGUGUACAUGUUGACAAUAUGCACAAAUUACCUUCUGCUGUGCUCUCUGUUGCACCAGAGCAGGAUCAGUCUACUGCUGAAUGUGCUCCUCAUUCCUGCAUGCAUGUCAUGGAUAAGCAAUUUGGAAAUCAGAGCUUACAUUCUUUAUGAGUUUAUUUAGCUGGUUGGCAUCUGCAGUUUUAGUGCAGUCUUCAAGUUGCCGAAAGUAGUUCCUUAGUAAAAUAAUCAAAGCUUUAAAUGAUUAAAAUAAUUGCAAAAACAAGAUCUGUUGAAGGGCUGGGUUCACAAUUUAUUUGGAGAACAAAUACAUUUGUUUUGGUUUAGAUGGGUCUAGGUGAUUGACAAGAAAACAACACCUCAUCUGUUUUUCUAGAGUGAGUCUCUUUUUGGGGAUCGCAAGUCAAUUUCCUGUCAGCUGAAAGUAAACUCAUUAGCAUUAAAAACAUCAAACAUACAACUCUGUAUUAAAAUUUGUUUGGAAACAGUUCUACUGUCUCCAUUCUCAGUGGCUUUUGCUUUGUUGUUUUCCUUGCUCUCCAUAUUGUGCACGUAAAAUAUUUGAGUCAGCGGCCAAUAUUAGGGCGGAACUGUCGGCCGCCUGUUUAUUGCACAACAGCCACAUGUGUCAAAUAAAUAAAAGCGUGAGGUCCCCAUUAAGAACGGUGGACAGCACACUUAGUAUCCGCUAAUUUUGUCCAGUGGUAUCUUAAAAAUAAAAUGGACAGAGUGUUUUAAGUGUCACAAAUAGUCCAGUUGCCUGUGGACAUUAGUAGAAGUCGAAACAACUGGAAUAGGAGUCACAAGACUGCAAUCUGCCAAGUCCUAAAAGCAGGCUAGCAACAAGACAGUUUCACAGAGGUGGGGUAGAACUGGGCAUUUUAAAAUAGCCAUGUAAACACUCUCCCUCUGCCUUUGUAAUUUUAACCUAGAAUGUCGUUGACGACAGUCUCUUGCAUGGAGACCAUGAAUGCCGGAAUAAAUCUGACAUUAUGACACCAGACACCUGGCAGGUCUGACGUCGCAGGGGUAAACACUUAGAGUCACUAUAAAGCAGUUGUUUACCUCUGAGCUCCGGACAGGAUCGUAGGGCAGGACAGAGGAAACAUUUAAGAUCAAAUGCGCAGGAUUUUUACGUCACGCCAUUGGAAGCGAUCUUUCGCGGUCUUUGCACAGUUACAUCCCAUUUGAGUACAGGAGCUGUCAAGGGCAAGGCGGUACUGAAACAAGCGCAAUCUUGAUUUAAGCAACAAACCUGUACUUGAACAGGUAACUCAUAUUCUACCUUAUAUUCUGGAGCACCUGUUUCAAUUCAUCAAAAACUCAUGAGAGGAAGUUACUGGAGGAACCAAUAAUAAGAAUUAUCCGAGGUAUUGGUGGACUUGCCAAUGUGGUCACUUAAGUGACCUUUCAGGAAUUGCAGCGUAAGAUUCUGAGCACAGGCACACAUACACAGAAGAAUGGCUGCAUUGGAAUUGCACUGUGGGCGGGAGCCUGGGAGUUGUGUGUGGGUUGGAGACAGAGCUGACCUGCUUGACAGUUUUGACUCCGAGAUGCAGGAAUGGGAAGAUCAGCUACAGGACAUGCAGAGGAAGAUUGAAGAGUUGUAUAAUGAGGUCAAAGCACGAAGAGAAGCCAGUGAGAGCAGCACAAACAAUAAAAACCUGGACAUUACUUUGCUUAAUGUCAACUCUCAAUAUAGCCACCAGGCCAAUGGUUAUCACGAACCUCAUGGUCACCCCAACAACAGCCUCCCAUUUCAUCAAUGCAGUGAAAUAAAAGCAGAUCCUUCAGUUAUGCAAAGCCUUGGGUUUCACCACCCCAGUGAAUACUGUAAUGGCUCCAACAAUUACAUGCUUAAUUCCCUGAGCAACGGCAGCCAUUACCCUGCCAGUCGUCAUGAUCUUGAAAGGCAAGAUGCCACUGUACACAUACUCAAUGGAUACCUCCAACAGGGCCCGCAUUUUAGGAGGAACCCAGGGAAUCUUGGAGCUCCAAAUAGAAACCCCAAGGUAUAUCCAGUUAAACACAGUUAUCAAGACAGCAUGAAGACCAGCCUGGUGACAAACAGGACUGCCUUAUGUGUGGUUCUGGAUGAGACUGAUGAGGCUGAGAACAAAAAGAACAAGAAAUCAAGUUGGGGUGACUCCCAAGGCCGCCACGUUAGCUGGAAAGACCCGGUUUCAUCAAAUGACCUUCCCCCUAAAAAUUCAGCUACCAAACUGGCAAUCAGGCAGAGAGAUUCUUCUCCUGUAACCCCUUUUUCAACUUACUAUGAGUCAUCACAGCAACCUGACAGGAAGUGCCUCUUGCUCGACAGGAAAUCUGGCAGCCCAUCAGUGUUGCGUAAGUUUGGUGCCAUGUUGCAGGAGAAUGAGGGAAAAACCUUGAUAGAGGAUGGUCUUGUAACCAUCGUUGUCUCCUCUGAACCUCCGAGGCAAACCAGCACUCCCAUUUGCCAGAGCAAGUUUGACGCUAGGCGGGCAUCUUCACACGUCCAGAAAUGCCUUGCAGACUGUGAUGUACUGAUAGCAGAUCUGGAGCAGAGACAAGAGUCUUGGGCAGCUGGUCCUUCUAGACACCUCCUCAAUGGAGACAGAGACAGUGGGAGGGGUGGUUGUGUUCUUGAACAGCAUGGCUUGGCCUAUAACUUAAGCCAGUCACAGACUCACCUUAAUUCGGGGUAUCACAAGUUGGCUUCAAUGUCUAAAGCCCACAAAGCGAGCUUCCAGAGUAAGGACCUAUUCUCUGACUGCCAGAUGGUAGAAACAAUUCUGGGAGUAGGAUCUCAAAACUUCAAUAAGGUACACAGAGGACUUGGUGUUGAUAUGAUGAGACUGGGAAAUGACAACUUGGAGCAACUUCUGGAAAUGAUGGAAAGAGAAAACAACAGAAGUCAGAGGGCCACAUUCACCCAGCAACUGGACAACAAGCAGGUGAAGAGGGUCAACCGUGAGUCAUCUCCUGCGCCCAGCAGUAGCCAUUUUUCUCGUCCUGCUCGACCAGCCAAUCAACGCCGUCCAUCCAGAUGGGUUAAGCAUACUCACCCAAGCAAAAUCGCAGACACAUCCAUCCCAACAAGCCCUGGCCUGAAUGCCAAACAAUUCUUGAAUUCAUAUUUCCGGCACACAGAAACUGUCAUCAUGUAAUCAUGAUACAACAAGCUUCAAAGGACACUUUCACCCAAUGGCAUAAACUAAACUUUGACCUUUUGUAGAACACAAUCUACUUUUUUGUAUAUAUAACCAACACCACCACAUCAGCGUAUCUUAUUGCAGCCUGCUAGAAUGGACUAUGGUAUUUUCCUUAAAUGACUUCAAAAGGAUAAUGCUUUCAUUUAACUCUGUGCUGUUUGAAGUGCUUUGGAAAGAAACUCCAGUGGACAUUCUCUGACCUGGUGAAUUUCUGUGCCUAUGAACCCUUCAUUGCCUUUUCUCUUCAUUUCUUUCUGUCAUUUUCAUAAAAUUUUCUAUUCUUUUAUUGUUUUUUAUUUUCCAGAGUGCUUUGUGUACAGUGCAGUUCUUGCGGUGCCAUCUUGGACAUUUUUUUUUUAAUCAUAUAAGCAUGUUUACAACAGGCAUAACAUGUAGUUAAACACAUGGCAACGAGUUAUUGAGCCUUAUCUAUUAUGCAUAAACUGUAAAGGCUUUUGCAGAUGUUUUGAUGUUCUGUCAUAAAUCCAUUUCAGUACUGCAUUAGUACUUCAUAAUAUUGACAUGAUAACGGGCUCAUAAUGUUUUUUAUAAGCCUUAUUUGACUGCACCUGAUGUGGCCUGUAACUACUCGUUGUAUGGUACAUUUUUUGCAGGAACAUGUCUGCAUUCUCCAGCCUUAUAAAAAAAAAAAAAAAAAAAAAAAAAAAAAACCCAAAUGAGGUGAAUUAUUCUUUAAGUUCAACAUCUGUGAAAAGUAAAUUUUAUCUUUUGACAAUAAUAUAAUGAAGAAAUGCUUUCGGAAAGUUUAUUUAUUGUUGUGAUAUGACCCUUACAAAAAUGUGAUGCUUUUUGUGUUUUUUUUUUUUUCUUUUCUUUCUCUCGAUAAUAAAUGCAAGUGCUUUGAAAA